AUGAACGUCUCGUCCACCGCAAGGUCCUCUGGAUUGACGGUGCCACAGCAGGACCUGUUAUCUCCUUUCAGACAUACUAGAAACGGCUCAGAACCUCUUAUCGCCAUCCCAGAGUCCAGAACUCCAAAGGCGAAGAUCUCAGGAGAAUCGACCCCGGAGAGAUACAGUCAUAGCGCAUCCAGCAGUUUCACCAACCCAAUAGCAUCACUUACACGCAAACACAAACAGACCCCCAGCUUCACAUCUUUGGGAAAACUAGGUAGCGAUACACCGCAGAGUUUGGUAGAAUCAUUCUAUAAGGACGGAGACCAAGAGGUGGAAGAGGCACGUACAGAAUCACCAGGUGGAGGUGUUUUCGAAGAUUCUGACAAAUUGCCAAGUAGAUCGAAUGUGGAUAUGAAUAUUUUCGAACAGCUUACCCUUACAGAGGACGGUGAUGGAAAAUUUGAAGAGGUUGACGAUUAUAUGCUACAGACGGUUCGCAAAUUAGAAUUCGAUCUGAUAAAGAGUCUCAAAUACCAGAUUUUUAAAGCAGAUGAGGAGAAAACUAUGUUGAUGCAGGCCAUUGACGAGAAAUUACAUCAGUUAACCAGGUUGAAUAAGGAACUGCUGAUAGUAAAAGAAAGCUUGAAAUCAGAGAUGAGAACCCUUGAAGAGAACACAGUUCCAAGGUUAACGAAAUCUGUCCAGAGAGGUGAGCAGGAUACAGAUUCGUCGACUAAAUUGAGCAAUCUUCAGGAAGUAAUAGAAGGGUACAAAAAUGUUUUGAAUGAACAGAAAACAGUAGUGCAAGAAGUGGCUCUUCGUACCCAGGUUAUGGAGCAAGUAAAAAUAGUUGAGACGGAGUUCAAGAGCAAAAGAGACAGUGUUCUCUGUGUAGUAUUUGCUAUGGUAGCGCUGAUCCUUUUGGCUAAGCUUCUAUACAUAUAUCAGUAUCCACACUAG